CCCGCCCUCUGUUGUGGCUUUCCCACUUUAGACAACAACUCGAGGAACAGAGAUACAGAGAAAGAGAGAGACAAACAGUUGAAUCUGACCAGGAGAGAGCGGAGGAUAGAAAUCGCACAGGAAGGCAGGUAAAGGCCUGACAGGCAGCGAGCAAGCAGGCUGCUGGGCAUUUCCAUGUAUAGACUGCUGACUGCUGUUGCUGCUGUUCCCAGCCUCCUGAGAGAUCGACCAGACCCCCACCACCACCACCAACAACACCACCUCCACCUCUUAGCUGCUCAACUGUUUUCAAGUGCUGCAGCAUUAAAAGUGCUGCAGUUUCACUUACUUUAGCCACUGUCUCUCUCUCUUCAGUCAAUGCUGGGAUUUGAUCAGCACAGACUGCAGAUAUCCAACACUUUUUUUAAAAAAUUCAAGAUACUGGCUGCACCUUCUGAUUCACAAUAUGCAGAGGAGUCCUCAGCACCAUCACAAAGGCGAAGGUGGCUUGUCUAAUAGCUUCGAAGCCCUUGGAUGCCACGAGCAGCUGCAUCCCAAGGACGGCCAGAGCUCUGAAGACCCCAGAGAGUACUGUUAUGGCGGGUACCACCCUGUUCGGAUAGGGGACACCUUCAACAGACGAUACCAGGUGGUCUCUAAACUCGGCUGGGGCUAUUUCUCUACUGUCUGGCUCUGCGUGGACCUCAGGCUCGGUCGACACGUCGCUGUGAAGGUCCUGAAGAGCGGAGCUGGCUUCGCCCAGGCUGGACAGGAUGAACUGACUCUCCUCAAAUGUGCCAGCGGUCCUGUCGGGCGUCACCCUUCCAGCCAAAGGAUCGUUCAGCUGCUUGAUGAGUUCAAGCUGGCCGGGGUCAACGGGGUCCACAUGUGCCUGGUGCUGGAGCUGCUGGGGCCGGACCUGAGAAGCUUGCAGCUCUGUUUCGGGACUCCGGGACUGUUGCAGCCGUGGGUCAAACAAAUACUUACUCAGGUUCUCCAGGGCCUGGACUACCUUCACACUCAGUGUAAAAUCAUCCACACAGACAUCAAGCCAGAGAACAUCCUGCUGUGUCUGGAGGAGCAGUCCCACAAAGCAGCAGCGGGGGGCAGCAGCUCCUCCUCUAUACUGAUUGGGAAAGAAGCCAAGUCUACAGAAAGGAAGCAGGUAAACCCUGACAGUUUGAAGGAGAUUACAGUGAAGAUUGCUGACUUGGGAAGCUCCUGCUGGGUGUACAAGCAUUUCUGUGAGGAGAUCCAGACCCGUCAGUAUCGCUCGCUAGAGGUUUUGCUGGGAUCCGAGUACGGCCCGCCUGCUGACAUCUGGAGUGUCGCCUGCAUGGCCUUUGAGUUGGUCACUGGAGACUCGCUGUUCGAACCCAAAGCCAGCGAUUCUAUUUCCCUGGAGGAAGACCACAUCGCCCAGAUCAUGCAGCUGUUUGGUAAAAUCCCAGCAGCUGUUGCCUUGUCGGGUAAAUACUCAGCAGAGUACUUCAGCCGCAGAGGGGACCUGCGUCGUGUUGGUCCACUAAAGCUCUGGAGCCUCUAUGACGUUCUGGUGGAGAAAUACCACUUUCUGUUGGAAGAGGCCUCUGGAUUCUCAGACUUCCUUCUUCGCAUGUUGGAUUAUUACCCGGGACGGAGGGCCACCGCUGCACAGUGCCUUCGCCACCCUUGGCUGACCUCAUGUUAGCCUCCUAAAAGCCCUACAGCCUUCAGCGGUCCUCACAGCCAGAUACUUUCAGCAGCUCUAACUCUCAUAUUUAGGGCAUCUUUGAAAUUCAAGGGAACUCCUGUAGGAUGUGACGUUAUGCUCAUUCAGCAUCAGACAGACAAUGAGAUGAUCUUCUCCAUUGGAGCCCUGUUAAGCACUUUAAGCUUUUUUUUUUUCUUACAUUAGAUUUUUUUUCUUUUUUUUCUGGAGUUUGAUUGCCAGACCUUAGAAGCCUUUAAGAUUCUGUGUUGUCUCUUCCUACAGGCCGGACACUGCUAGCCGGUGUGAAGCUGAUGCAGCGCUAUAGUGCAGCUAUUAUUCAGUAAAUUUGAAUGUUGCUUCGUGUCAAUAAUUUGUUGAUGUUUCAUAGCGAACAGAUUUUUUAGUUUCUUUUUUGUACAAUAAAAAUGAACAGCUUUAAAGAUUAAAAUCAUAUUAAAGCAGUGCAAAUGUAAGGCAACUUGUAUUUUUUUAUAUAUAUAUCUCUAAAAUGGUCUGAUUAAUCCCCAGUUCAUUCUGCAGCAUGACAGCAACCUCAUACAGCCACGGCCCCACUGUGGGAUUACAUGAAGCGAGAGAAGACACUGACACAGAUUAAAUCCACUAAAGAACUGUGGCGGGUUCUCCAAGAUGCUCAGAGACGCGUACAGUAAAACACUGCAGAUGGCUGAGCAGGAUAUUAUACAGUGACUUCAUGGUUGGGGAAGCAUCUUGGAGAAAUGCAUGCAUGUGCACAUAAUAGAACUGCUGUUAAGGCACUUUGUACAGCAGUAAUUGAUAAAUUGAGGCCAUUCAUGACACUGUUUGUUGAAGAAUCCUCACUUUUAGUGUUUAAGCCACGGUGCUGAAUUGUAUCCUUAGAUAUUCAGUGUGGAUGUAGCAAAACUCCUGUUGUUAAAUUUGCUUUCCCUAACAUUUAUUUUUUGAGAAAAAUAAAGCUUCUCUUUCCAUUUUGAAAA